AUGGGUCUGGACGCUAAGCUACCCCAUCCGAUCAGUGCUAGUCACUCUUCCGAGCUCCAUCGUCACGUCGAAACUCUACCGCUGCACCGAUACACAAAGCGACGAGCAGCCAAAGAUUUCCUCAAGGGCAUCGCCAUCGCUCUCCUCCUCCUCAUCUUCCUUUCCCACUCCAGCAAGAGCUUCGACUAUGCCCAUGACCUCGCCUCCGGUGUCUGGCGAUGGCCGUGGUCCCCACGCCCGAUCAAGACCAACAUCAUCCUCAUGAUCAGCGACGGUUACGGCCCCGCCUCCGUCACCUUCACACGUCACUUCCACCAAGCCCUAAACAACGACACCGACUUUUCGAGUCUGUUUCAACUUCCGCUCGAUACCAUCAUGGUCGGAACACAUCGAUCCAGAUCCUCUUCCUCGCUCAUCACCGAUUCUGCAGCUGGCGCCACCGCGUUCUCGUGCGCAAAGAAGUCGUACAAUGGAGCUAUCGGUGUGACGCCAGAUGGCAAGGCUUGCGGGACGGUGUUCGAGGCUGCAAAGAGGAAAGGACUGUUGACGGGGGUGGUGGUGACAUCGAGGCUGACGGAUGCUACGCCUGCCGCGUUUAUUUCGCAUGCAGCGUCGAGGGCGGAGGAGCCGUUGAUCGCUUCGCAGAUGAUUGGAGGCGACAAGAAUCCGUUGGGGGAGAGGACGUUGGAUUUGGCUAUCGGUGGUGGUGGAUGUGCCUUCCUGCCCAAAUCCAGCAGCGUUUCUUGUCGACAGGAUGAUGAGGAUACGGUGAAACACGCAAGACAGCUCGGAUGGGAAGUGCGUGUCGCAUUCCCUACCAACACUUCCCUCGAUCAGUCAUUCGAACAAUCGCGAAUCGAUGGCGACGUCUUUGGCAUCCAAAGCAAAUCUGAACCACAACUUCCCUUCAUGGCGCUACUCUCUCCCGGCAACACCCCAUACGAGAUCGACCGGGUCAACAUUCCGGCACCUCUCCCACUCAAACCUCUCUCACACUACGCCCGCAAAGCCCUCGACCUCCUCUCUAACUCCAAGCAGAACCAGAAAGGCUUCAUCCUCAUGAUCGAAGGAUCGCAGAUCGAUCUCUGCGCUCACAACAACGACCCCGCCUGUCACGCACGCGAAGCCCUCGCCUACCACGACACCAUCGACCUCGUCAAGAAGUUCGUCGAGCAACACACUUCCAAGACCGAACGCACGCUGCUGAUCUCGACGUCGGAUCACGAGACCGGCGGUGUGACGCUGGGUAGGCAGCUCUCGGAAGACUAUCCCAACUACGCGUACUAUCCGGAGCGGCUGUUGAACGCCAAGCAUUCCACGCCGAUCUUGACGGCUGUGCUGAUCGAUUUCGUGCGCAACGAGAGGGAGCGUAUGCAGGGUGGUGGUGACGGGGGUGGGAAGGUGAGUGAGAGUUUGGUGAGGGACUUCAUUCGCGAAAAGAUCUUGGGUGGUUCCGGACUCGGAUUCGAAGGUGAUGGUCAGGGUGGCAAGCCGACAGCUGAAGAGGUGGAGAAGGUGUGGAAGGUGGUCAAGCAGGAACUUGUGAAUUCGGACAGGAUGCAGCUUGUCUGGGCGAGCGAGUAUUUGAAGCAUUCGCAUUCGACAAGUCAUCACGGUGAAGCAUCAAGGCAGCCUGCUAGCAUGGCUCCGGUGCCGGGGGUCAAUUUGGACGGCAUCCGCAGAGUCAUCUCCGACAUCGCUGCGAGAAGAGCCGAAAUCGGUUUCUCUACUAGCGGUCACACGGGCAUCGACAUCAACGUCUACGCCCACGGCGCCGAGGUGCAUAGACUCGUCGGCAACCAGGACAACACCAACAUCGGUGUCGUCAUUCGCGACAUUCUAGAUCUCGAUCUCGAUGCUGUCACGAGAGAUCUCAACAGGAACUGA